GAUGCUUAGCGGACCCAAAUUGAACGAUCGGCAAAAGAAAAACAAUUGUAUUUUACAUGCUCUGUUUUAAAGAGUCAAACGAAUAAAACAAGACAUUUAAACUGGAAUUAACACUGCAAAUAAAAACACUUUAACGGUGCGGAACACGAAGAUUUACUCCGGGCACGGCAUCAUGGAUCAGGACUAUGAGUGCAGGCUGCUCAGGCAGAUCAACAUUCAAAAUGAGAACGCAAGCCCCACAAAAGCGGCAGGAGCAGUGAGGGCUCUAACACCCACAAGCUCCCCGCUGUCCUCCCCGAGUAAGCACGGUGAUCGCUUUAUUCCCUCCCGGGCUGGAGCCAACUGGAGUGUUAACUUCCACCGCAUCAAUGAAAUUGAAAAGUCACACAAUCAAAACAGAAAAACCAAAGAUGGCACAACCGACAGCAACAAAGCGGAUGGUCUGGCUUACUCGGCUCUGCUGAAGAACGAGCUGUUAGGAGCGGGCAUCGAGAAAGUCCAGGACCCCCAGUCAGAAGACCGCCGUCUGCAGCCAUCUACUCCAGCCAAGAGAAGCCUUUUUAGUUAUUCUAUAAGUGCAAAGAGGGCUCUGCCAGAAGAGGAUGGAAACACAGUCUCUCCAUAUUCUCUAUCGCCCGUCAGUAGCAACAGCCAGAAGCUGCUGCGGUCGCCAAGGAAACCUACGCGCAAAAUAUCUAAAAUACCUUUCAAAGUCUUGGAUGCUCCAGAGCUUCAGGACGACUUCUACCUCAACCUAGUGGACUGGUCCUCUCUGAAUGUGCUCAGUGUUGGACUGGGUACCUGUGUCUACCUGUGGAGUGCCUGCACCAGUCAGGUGACACGUCUAUGCGACCUUUCCGUAGAAGGUGAUUCUGUAACGUCGGUGGGCUGGUCAGAGAGGGGUAACCUGGUGGCAGUGGGGACUCAUAAAGGCUAUGUACAGAUCUGGGAUGCAGCAGCAGGAAAAAAGCUCUCCGUACUAGAGGGACACACAGCCAGAGUGGGUGCGUUGGCUUGGAAUGCGGACCAGCUGUCGUCUGGGAGCCGCGAUCGAGUGAUCCUCCAGCGGGACAUCAGGGCCCCGCCUCUCCAGUCAGAGCGCCGUCUCCAAGGACACAGGCAGGAGGUCUGUGGGCUCAAGUGGAGCACAGACCACCAGCUGCUAGCCUCGGGUGGAAAUGACAACAAGUUACUUGUGUGGAACCACUCGAGCGUCCUCCCGGUGCAGCAGUACACAGAGCACUUGGCUGCAGUGAAGGCCAUCGCCUGGUCUCCCCACCAGCACGGCCUGCUGGCCUCCGGAGGCGGCACCGCCGACCGCUGCAUCCGCUUCUGGAACACUCUGACUGGCCAGCCCUUACAGUGCACCGACACCGGGUCUCAGGUCUGCAACCUGGCCUGGUCCAAGCACACAAAUGAACUGGUCAGCACACAUGGUUAUUCCCAGAACCAGAUCCUGGUGUGGAAGUAUCCCUCUCUCACUCAAGUGGCCAAACUUACUGGACAUUCCUACAGAGUACUCUACCUGGCCAUGUCCCCUGAUGGAGAGGCCAUUGUAACGGGAGCUGGGGAUGAAACACUUCGUUUUUGGAACGUCUUUAGUAAGAUGAGAUCCACUAAGGAAUCCGUGUCAGUGCUGAACCUCUUCACCAGGAUCCGGUAGUUGACGCGCCAGUCUACUACGAGGGCAUAAUGUCGGGAAGGGAAUUUAACUUUGCAUGUAUCAAACUAUAAAUGGGCCCCUUCUUUUGAGUAUUUACCUCAGUAGUCUGCAGAGGGCCCCCCUCGAUCGCUCCUAGUUGUUUAGCCAAGUUGUAGCUGGAGGUGGGAAGGAGCUGGAGUGAUGCACAGCCUGAGUGUCGAGGGCAGAGGAGAUACGCAUGUACAGUAUUCCACUUCCUCCUUAAUGAUGGAGCCACUGGCUCCUCCAACAGACCAGGGAUCUCUGAUGACAAGGACAAUGUGGGAGGCGUUUCUCUCCCAGUGUGAUUAUGUUUUGUUUACAGAUUGACAUUGUGCUUUCCUGCCAAAUAUUGAGUUUGUCCUUUUGAUUGUCUUAUUUAUUUUAUUUUGCGCUUUUUUUGUUGCAGUUUUUGGUGUGAUCUGUGGAGUAUGUUUGCAAAAAAAAAUUCCAGGCUUGUCUUUUUUAAUUUUACUAAGAGACAAUAAUGUUUCAUGGACACUGAUAACCAAUUACAUAAUCCUGUGCCGUUUCGAUAACUGUAAAUGCUUAACUAGGUUCGGACAAAUCGGCCUGAUCUCUUUUGUAAAUCUUCUAUUAAGUUAAUUUUAAUCUAUUAAUAUUAAGCAGUAUCGGCUCAUUUUUUUUAUAAUCUCAAGAAUCAUCUUUUAAUUGCAAAUGGCACAUCUUAGAAGAAAAUAAAUAUUUGGUAACACUGUAGAUAAGAGCAGUUGGUUACAAAAGUUAUCCACAGGUAAAUUAGGAGAUUUGAAUGUGACUUGUGUUUCAUUCAUCUUUUCCUAAUUUCUUGAGUGGAAAAUGAAUCCAAAAUAAUACACACAGUGUUGUUUGUAACAGUAACUAAAGCACACAGUAAAAACAUUUUUGGGUUAAAUCAGAGUGGAAAUGCUGCUUUGUGCUGUGUCUGCUAAGAUAUUCAAGUUCGAGGCACUUGUCUUUUGCUACUUCAUACCGUGUUGAGAAGUCACGCAAUUUGUUAUAUAUCAGAAAAAAAAGAUUUCAUAUCUGCAACUUUCCCCCCCAAUUUUGAUUAUCUUUUUUCCCAUUGUUUGAGUCAAUUAGCGUGCCACGUUUAAAACGAAUGCUAUUUAUUUGUGUUGUGAAGAAAGGUUAUUGUACAGAAAGGGCAUGUUUGUUUACGAUAUCUGGGGGAAGUUGAUGGGCAGUUUCACUGCUAGACUGAGGAAAUCUAUUUGAAUGCCACUUCAACAUCAAGACAAUGCUGCAAACUUGAAUUACAGAAAGAAUGUUUAAAAAUAAAUAUUUCUGAACUGAGAGAUAAUCAACAAUUAAACGAUCAUAUCUUGUACCUUUUA